UGAUAUAUGUUUGUCUAGUGUAUUUUAAUAUAUGGGAAUAUUACAUUUACUAAAUUAUUUGUGUAUCACACGGGAAUGCCUGGCUGAUCUUCCACCCAUAGAUCAGCUCCGAUUUCUAGAAUGCUUUGAUCCACAUAGAUUGAGUGGGUUGUCAUAUAGGUUGUCCCACCCCAGCCUCUUCGUAGCCAUAAAAGGUUAAUGAAAAAAACCUGCGGUCAUUAAAAAAGUACAAGAUAAAUCAGCAGAAAUAGGUGAUCACAUUUUUUUUCAACAAUUCUUUUUUUCUUGAAAAGUCUUAGAACAGUACCGAGUGCUACCUUCUGUUCCCUUGUAAAUAAAUAUAUAAUUACAACGGAUGCAAACAGUCGACAGUUGCGUGUUGUCCAGAACAGCAGCAUAACACGCGGAUCCCGAGUCUCUGUUUGCCUUCCCUGUAGUUCAGAUUAUAUUGCUGCUCGAUGUUGAGGGGUUACACACGAAAAGCAACUGAGGACUGAAAUGUGAAUCUGUGGACACAUUUCUCUCCAACUUGCCAACCGGAGACGAUAGCAUCGACAUUGUUCUUUCCUUGAUCGUUCGACCAUCCUUAUCCACGUUUUUGAACUUGUGAGAAUAAAUGGAGCUUUAUGGAAAGAUGGCAUCUACACAAGAUUCUCGAUAUGGCCAGAAAGAAACAGCUGACCAGAACUUUGACUACAUGUUCAAAUUACUGAUCAUUGGCAAUAGUAGUGUUGGGAAGACCUCAUUUCUUUUCCGCUAUGCUGAUGAUUCCUUUACAUCUGCCUUUGUGAGCACUGUGGGCAUUGACUUCAAAGUAAAGACGGUUUACCGGAAUGAAAAGAGGAUUAAGUUGCAAAUUUGGGACACAGCUGGGCAGGAACGUUACAGGACAAUCACCACGGCUUAUUACCGUGGUGCUAUGGGAUUUAUCCUAAUGUAUGACAUCACAAAUGAAGAAUCCUUCAAUGCCGUACAGGACUGGUCAACCCAAAUCAAGACAUACUCCUGGGAUAAUGCACAGGUUAUUCUGGUUGGCAAUAAAUGUGACAUGGAAGAUGAAAGGAUAGUAUCUAUGGAGAGAGGGAAGCAGUUGGCAGAUCAACUUGGCUUUGAAUUUUUCGAAACCAGUGCCAAGGAUAACAUUAAUGUAAAGCAAACAUUUGAACGUCUUGUUGACAUAAUCUGUGAGAAGAUGUCGGAAAGCUUGGACACAGACCCUACUGUUGCUGCAGGGAAACAAAACACAAAACUCACAGAGAAUCCUCCUCCACAGCAACAAAACUGCGGAUGUUAGUGACUUAAUCAUAGACAUAUGAAGAAAUCAAAUUGUGUCUAUAUUGCAAAGAUUAGUCCUUAGUUAUUAGUCCAUGAAAAUGUUACUGUGUGGCCUCUAUAUAAUAUUAAACAAACCAAUCUAUAUUUAUUUUUUGCUAGUCUGUGCACAGCACUGUUUCCCAAGACCUCUUGCAUUAAAACUGACACUUAGCCAACCUUUAUUUAUAUUGGUAUUGGUUCUGCAAUUUUCCGUAGAUUCAAGGUUUAUGUGACUAUUAAGAGGAACAGUGGGUUCCUAAAUUCAGUGUACUAUAUUUCUAAAUUUCUUAGGUCUCCCUGCUUACUAGAUUCAUGUGGCCUUCCGAGCAUUCCCUCAAUGAUAAAUUAAUAAUAAACACCUUAUCCUCAGUCUGCACAAAACUGUGAAUUCAGUAAUGAGAUGUAUGUAUUUAACUUACUUGAAAUUAGUUUGAAUAUUUGAAUGAAUAUCCUGUGUGUAGUAGUAAAUGUUUAUCCAUCAUUUAUAGGAGAAAUUAUCAACCCUUGAUCCAUGAUACGUAUUUGAGAAAAAGAAGCUUUGCAAGAUAUUUGCAAGCAGCCUCAGAUGACAGUUAACUAUCACAUUCAUGUCAAUGUGAAUAUGUUGCCUAUUUGUAUUGAUGCAGCCAAUACAAUGUGUUAAGUGCAGAAUCAGGUCCUGAUUUUCAGAGCCAUGUCCAGUAAGCCAUUUCACAAAUCAAAGAGUGAGAUACAUAUGAAACAGUGUUCAAAGAUGGUCAGCCAAUCCACUGGAUCUCGAGGAUACUUGAAAGACUUGAAACUGAGUUGCUAAAAUGUUAUGAGGAAACAGAUGUUACUGACACACUGUCAUAAUAUUAAGUAUUAUGCACCUGAGUAUACAUUUCCAGUGUCCUGUCCUAGAUACAGUAUAAGUUAGACAGUUGGCACCUACAAUGUAACUUUGGUUUUGGUAAGUGUAGUUUCCAAUCCCCAGCUACCUGUUUCAAACCAGCCUCAUUUGUAAUUUACUGCUGUCAGAAUUAGGUUUCUUGUCACACAUACAUGAAUAUGGUGAAAAAUUUACAAAGUUGCCACUUAUGGUGCCAUCUUAAGUGCAAAGUUACCCAGGUACAGAUUCCUAAGAAUAAAUUAGAAAGCUAAAGAAAUAAGAAGUCCAGCAUUAAGGAUCUUCCAAGCAGAGGAGGCGAAGGGGAUGAGUCUGUGCUGGCCUCCUGUUCAGGUUGGCCUCACCUCCAGUCCAGGCCAGACAUCAUGUCCAGUCCAGGCUGGGCCUCAUCUCCAGUCCAAGCUGAGCUGAGCUUCCAAUCCAGGCCAGCCCUCAACUCCAGACCAGGCCAGGCUUCACCUCAAGGCUCUUGAGGCCAGAAGCCUGUACUGGCUUCACCUCAAAGCCAGGAGUCCGCGCUGAGACCAGGAGUCCGCGCUGAGACCAGGAGUCUGCGCUGAGGCCAGGAGUCCGCGCUGAGGCUAGGAGUCCG